AUGUUGAUUUUUUUAGCAGUAGUUAUUGCUAUUGUUUGUGCUGGUUUAGCUGUAUCAAGUGCAAACUCAUCAUUAGUUGAUGCAAUGUUAUUUAUUAUCUUGGCAGUGUACUAUGCUCAGCAAUUAUUUUUUUACUAUUUUUUGGGUGAAACAAUAGCUUCUGAAGCAGAAAAAGUUGCUUCAGCAGCAUACAGUAGUAAUUGGGAAUCUUUGCAAAUUAAACAUCAAAAAACAAUUAUGUUUAUAAUAGCAAGAAGUAAUGCACCAUUAAAAAUUUUUGCAGGGAAUUUAAUUCCUUUAAGAUUGGAAAGCUACAUGUCCUUUUUAGUUACUACAGGAUCUUACUUCACCUCAGUAAAAGCUAUAACAGAUUAAAAAUCAAGAUUUUUUAAAAAGAUAUAAUGCCAG